AUGUUUUCCAAGGACGCGCGCAUGCCGUACAUUAGCGAGUGGUCGCAACACCGGAUCAUUCUCCUCUACAGUAUUAUGCCACUCGCUGUUAUCCAGCUGCUUGUGGCAGUCGGCUUUUUCUCUACAGCGACACAAUGGCUUCAGCACGUGGCUGUAUUCUUUAUCUACUAUCUGAGCUACUUGGCGUCCAUGAAACAGCAAGGACGAGCUUUUAAAGCCGUUGCAGCCCAGACCGGGUACCUUGACGGCGACGCCUCUGCACGCGACGGCCUGCCCCGUGGCUCGCGGUUCAAGGUGCUUGUUGUGAUCGCCGUCGUCUUCGGCACGAUGCGUGUAGCAAUGCCGCUACUACUGACAUCCAACAUCCAUGAGCCUCCCCUGCAUCACAUCACGCGGCAGGGCUGGUGGAUUUCGCUUUACUUCACUGUCAGCAUUUACUGCCUCGUUCUGGACUUCUGGUACUACCUCGUGCAUCGAAUUUUGAACGAACUUCGCCCCCUGUGGCGAUUUCAUCGAGCCCACCACACGACCAAGCACCCCAAUAUGCGUCUCGCCGCCUACGCUGAUGUGGAGCAAGAGUUCUUCGACGCCGUUGGUGCACCGCUGCUAGCCUAUGUCAGUAUCCGCGCCGCUGGCAUACCAUUAGACCUGUAUUCCUGGUGGAUUUGCCUACAAUACGUUUCGCAUACGGAAAUUAUGGGCCAUUCCGGCCUGAGAGCGUACUUGCGCGCCCCGUUAACGCUGGCAUGGCUGCUUCGGAUCAUCAAUGCCGAGCUCGUCGUGGAGGACCACGACCUACAUCAUCGACAUGGAUGGCGCCAAGCACACAACUAUGGCAAGCAGUCACGUUUAUGGGACCGCAUAUUCGGCACAUGCAGUAGCCGCAUCGAGACUGUUCCAGAGAAUAUAGAUUGGAAUUGGAAAAUAGACUUACCUUUGUACUGA